AUGUGGGUCGCUCUAACAAAACAUUACCGCUUGGCCUCUGCCUCUCAUAAGGCAGCCCUGUCUGGUCUCAAGCCGGCAUCAGAUGCCUCAGCUGGUCUCAACUAUGCUUCGACACCGAAUUUCGCAGGACUAGACCACAUUCGUGAUUCGUUAGGGGAAGAUGACGCUGGUAACCUGCUUCGGGACUCGACAAGAUCACCACCCAAAGAGGACUCGAUCAGCAACAAUCUUCUUGAGAUCUCGGACCUAUCCGACACAGAUGAUUUACCAGCAACGCCCGUGUCGAUUCGAGAAGGGGUGUUGGCCCAGUCCACAGGCAGUCAUUACGUCUUCAUCGAGAACUAUGAGCUUCCCGAUCCCGCCGCGGAGGUGGCUCAUGAGGCUGGUCGGCGCCACGCCGAGUUGAACAUCCUCCAAACGCUGUACCAGCAGCACAAGCAGCCCGUCACCACCGAAGCCGGCCAGUGGGAUGAAACCAUUGGAGGAUGUUCAACCCGGCGUGGCGCUGACCAGCUUCGGUGGUGA